AUGUCAUCUUCGCCACCACGUCAAUCAAGUGCUCCAUCAGGCGUUCCAGCUACAGGUGCUACAGGUAACACCCCAUCCGAAUCAAUUUCUCAAUCACAACAGCCGAUAGUUCCUUCGUCACCAUUAUUCUUUGCUAGUUCAAACCCACCUUCUGAUGCACAACCACAUCCCUCCUCACAAGUCCGUUAUUCUCAAGUGCAUGACAUUUCUUCGCCUUUGCACUAUACUUCAUCCGUUCACGGUUCCGACAUUGGCAGUAGUCAACAUGUUGCCAGAACUCGUUUAAGAAGUGAUAUUGUUGAUGUUUCUUCACCUAGACUAUUCAGUGGUACUAGCUCCGAUCAGGUUGACCCUGAGGAGCCAGUAAGAGUUAUUUGGGGUACAAAUGUGUCCAUUCAAGAAUGCUCCAAUGUUUUCCGCGAUUUCUUGUUGAAUUUUAAAAUGAGAUAUAGAAAAUUGUUGGACGAGCGUGAUGUUGAACCUGAAGAUAGCGAAUUGUACUAUGUGCAACAAUUGAAUGAAAUUAGACGUGCUGGUGUGACCAAUAUGAAUUUGGACGCACGUAACUUGUUAAGUUUCAACAAUAAUACCAAGAAACUUUACUACCAAUUGAUAAAUUAUCCGCAAGAAAUUAUUCCAAUUAUGGAUCACACUUUAAAAGAUAGUUUACUCCAAUUAGCCAAUGAUGCUAAUGAAGACCUUGAUGAAAUUGAAGGAAAAGUGUAUACCAUCCGUCCAUACAAUGUUAACCUUGUUCCAAGAGGUAUUCGUGAAUUAAACCCUAACGAUAUUGAUAAAUUGGUAAGUAUAAAGGGUUUAACUAUCAGAUCUACAUCAAUUAUCCCCGAUAUGAAAAUUGCCUUUUUCAAAUGUAAUGCCUGUGGUCAUACUUUGGGGGUUGAAAUUGACAGAGGGGUUAUUUCUGAGCCUACUAAAUGUCCUCGUGAAAUUUGUGGCCAAACCAACUCUAUGGUGUUGAUUCACAACCGUAGUUCCUUUGCUGAUAAGCAAGUUAUAAAGUUGCAAGAAACCCCUGAUUUGGUUCCAGAUGGACAAACUCCACAUUCUAUCAACUUGUGUGUUUAUGAUGAUUUAGUUGAUGGAUGUAGAGCUGGUGACCGUAUUGAGGUUUGUGGUAUUUUCAGAUCAAUCCCAGUAAGAGUCAAUUCUAGACAAAGAGCUUUGAAGAGCUUGUACAAGACAUAUCUUGAUGUUGUCCAUAUUAAGAAAGUCGACACCAAGAGAUUAGGUGCUGAUAUUUCUACAUUACAACAUGAAAUCGAACAACAAGAAGAAGUUGAACAAGUGAGACAAAUCUCUGCCCAUGAAGUUGAACAAAUCAAAGAAAUUAGUCAACGUGAUGAUUUAUAUGAAGUUUUGGCGAGAUCUUUAGCUCCUUCCAUUUAUGAAAUGGAUGACGUGAAGAAGGGGAUUUUGCUUCAAUUAUUUGGGGGUACCAAUAAGACCUUCAAAAAGGGUGGACGUUACAGAGGUGAUAUUAAUAUUUUGCUUUGUGGUGAUCCAUCUACUUCUAAAUCUCAAUUAUUACAAUAUGUGCACAAGAUCGCUCCUCGUGGGGUUUACACCUCGGGUAAAGGUUCUUCUGCCGUAGGUUUAACUGCUUAUAUUACUAGAGAUGUGGAUACCAAGCAAUUAGUGUUGGAAUCUGGUGCUUUAGUCUUAUCUGAUGGUGGUGUUUGUUGUAUCGAUGAAUUUGACAAGAUGAGUGAUUCUACCAGAUCUGUGCUUCAUGAGGUCAUGGAACAACAAACUAUUUCCAUUGCCAAGGCAGGUAUCAUCACUACUUUGAACGCCAGAACCAGUAUUUUAGCCUCAGCUAACCCUAUAAAUUCUAGAUACGACCCUAACCUACCAGUUACUGGUAAUAUUGAUUUACCACCCCCAUUAUUAUCAAGAUUUGAUUUAAUUUAUUUGAUUUUAGAUAAAGUGGAUGAAGGUAUUGAUCGUCAAUUAGCUAAGCAUUUAACCAGCAUGUACUUGGAAGAUAGACCUGAAACUGUCAAUGAAGGAUACGUCUUACCAAUUGAGUUAUUGAGUGGAUAUAUCCAAUAUGCUAAAGAAAACUAUAAUCCUACAUUGACUGUGGAAGCUAAAUCUGAAUUGGUCAGAAGUUAUGUUGAAAUGAGAAAACAAGGGGAAGAUGUAAGAACCAAUGAAAAGAGAAUAACAGCCACUACUCGUCAAUUGGAAAGUAUGAUCAGAUUAAGUGAAGCCCAUGCUAAGAUGAGGUUAAGUCACCAUGUCGAACUUAUUGAUGUCAAGGAAUCAGUUAGACUAAUAAAGAGUGCCAUUAAGGAAUAUGCUACUGAUCCAAUUACUGGUAGAAUUGAUAUGGAUAUGGUUCAAACUGGUACUACUUUUGCCCAAAGAAGAAUCCAACAAGAUUUGAUGAAUGAAAUCUUGCAUAUUGUUGAGGACCAUAAUAAUUUAAUUAGAUUCAGUGAAUUGAUUUUGAAAUUGAAUGAACAAAGCUCUACGAGAAUUGAAAACCAAGAGGUUGUUGAUGCGGUGAAGAGAUUGGUUCAAGGUGGGAAGGUUAUUGAAACUGGUGAUGGUCAUAGAAGAACCAUUAGAAAGAUUGCUAUUGUGUAA